AUGGGCCCCGUGGGCAAGCAGAGCCCCUCAGCCCCACCGGGCCCCACGGGAGGGUCUUGCCUCCUCCUCCUCUUCUGCCUGCGCUUGGGCGCUUCCUGCCCACAGGGCUGCCAGUGCCCUGACCACGCUGGGGCCGUGGCCGUCCACUGCAGCGCGAGGGGCCUGCAGGAGAUCCCCAAGGACAUCCCUGCCGACGCCGUGCUCCUGAAGCUUGAUGCCAACAAGAUCGCCCACAUCCCCAACGGGGCCUUCCAGCACCUGAACCAGCUGAGAGAGCUGGACUUGUCCCAGAACACCAUCGAGACCAUCGGCCCCGCUGCCUUCUCGGGCCUGGCCGGGGGCCUGCGGCUGCUGGACCUGUCUCAUAACCGCAUCCGCAGGAUUCCCAAGGAUGCCCUGGGCAAGCUCAGCGCCAAGAUCCGCCUGUCCCACAACCCCCUGCACUGCGAGUGUGCGCUGCAGGAGGCGCUGUGGGAGCUGAAGCUGGACCCCGAGUCGGUGGACGAGAUCGCCUGCCACACGGCCGUGCGGGACGAGUACGUGGGCAAGCCGCUCAUCCAGGCGCUCGACUCCGGAGUCAGCUUCUGCAGCACCCACCACAAGACCACCGACGUGGCCAUGCUGGUCACCAUGUUCGGCUGGUUCGCCAUGGUGAUCACCUACGUCGUGUACUACGUGCGCCAGAACCAGGAGGACGCCAGGAAGCACCUGGAGUACCUGAAGUCCCUGCCCAGCGCCCCCGCGUCCAAGGACCCCGUCGGCCCCGCGCCCUAG